CUGCCGACCAACAUGAACAGCACCGACAAGCUGAAAGUGAUACUCUUAUGCGGCCUAGUAUUAUCGGUCGUAGCUGAGAAGGCCGAGGAGGCAAAGAAGACCGAGUCCAGCGCUCAGCCAAAGGAUGAAAAGACAAAGCGCGGAUUGGAACUGAGUCUGGGCGAUCACGGUGGUUUCGGGGGUAUCGGAAGCAGUUUCGGCGGGGGGGGUUUCGAUGGCGGUCAUGGCGAGAUAAUCUCCACCGAUCACAUCAAAGCGGUGACAGUCACGAAACAUGUGCCGGUGCCGCACCCGUAUCCGGUGGAGGUCACGAAGCAUGUGCCCUACCCGGUGAAGGUGCCGGUCAAAGUGCCUGUUGACCGUCCGUAUCCAGUCCAUGUACCGCAACCUUACCCAGUGGAGGUCGCAAAGCACGUGCCCUAUCCGGUAGAGAAACCGGUGCCCUAUCCAGUCAAGGUGCCCGUAAAGGUGCCCGUCAAGGUGCCCUAUCCAGUCAAGGUGCCAGUCAAGGUUCCGAUCGAAAUAUCGAAACCAGUUCCCUAUCCCGUCAAGGUACCCGUGGUCGUCAAAGAACCCUAUCCCGUAGUCGUUAAAAGUCACGAAGGUGGCUUCGGCGGUGGCGGAUUCGGUGGCGGAUACGGUGACGGACACGGCUUCGGUAGCGGUUUGGAACUUGGCAGUGAUUUCGGCGGAUACGAGCAUCAUUGAUACAAAGUUGACGCAGGAAGGAAGCAAGGACGGUUUGCGCGGCGCGAGACGAGGAAGCUUUAUUCGAGGAAUGGAUCACCGAGCGGAAAGGAUCAAGGAGCGACCGACAAAGAACGAUUGCGUUCUAAUAAAAAAAUUGACGCGACGCAUCAAUAUUCUAUUUCAUUGUGAUCCUAUCCUCGGAUUGUACUAUACACCCUGUAAAUGUAAACACGAAUAAAGUAUUCUUUUGUAUGUAA